AUUGUAACCAAUUCCCAAGACACGAUGGACAGUCAAAAGAAACGCAAGGCGACCGGCCGACCAGCGAAUACACCAGCAAAGAAGAAGUCGAAGGCCCAUGCGCCACCCUCGAAAGCCGUUAAGAAAAUGAAAGCAAGGAAAACAAUAACCGCGGACUCGCUACAAUGGCGCAAAGCGAAGCUCCCCGAUAUGUUCAACGACGCCGAAGGCUUUUAUGGUCUAGAGGAGAUUGACGACGUCGAGGUUGUCCGAAAUAACAAUACGAUCAAAUUUAGAGCACUUGCACCUUCAACCGACGACGAAGAGGAAAACGAUAAAAAUGAGGAACAAAGCGAGGAUGAGUUCGAAGGUUUUGACGAUGAGCCCCCGGCACAACCUACCUCGAAAAUCAAGCCUGCAAUCCUGUCCACGAAUGACAUUGAGGACCUGGACGCGGACGCACCGAAAGAAAGCAAAAAGAAGCAGAAGCAGAAGAAAAAGAAGGACCUUGGCGAAGUAGAAGAUCCGGAACUUGAAUCCAAUGUCUUUACCGGGCUGGAUGAAUUGGAAGAUGCACAGGAUGACGCCGACCUAUCUGCAUGGGUAUCGUUAGACCUAUCUCCGCGUAUUCUCGACUCGUUGGCGAAGCUGAAGUUCUCGAAACCCACACCCAUACAAGAGGCGGCCAUACCACAGGUAUUAGCUGGUCACGAUGUUAUUGGUAAAGCUGCGACAGGUUCUGGUAAGACCCUGGCGUUCGGUAUUCCAAUUGUUGAGAAAUGGCUAGAAUUAUCGGACCAGGACGAUACACCACGGGACGCAGCAAAGAUUCCGCUCGCUUUAGUCCUCUCGCCAACCCGAGAACUCGCUCAUCAACUUACGGAUCACAUCAAGAACCUUUGCGCUGGCUUACCGAACUCACCUUACGUAUGUUCCGUCACUGGUGGUCUAUCAGUUCAUAAACAACAACGCCAAUUAGCUAAAGCAGACAUCGUUAUUGGAACGCCUGGGCGAUUAUGGGAGGUUCUAAGCUCUAGCUCCGAAUUGACGAACAACUUCAAGAAAAUCCAAUACCUAGUGGUCGACGAAGCCGAUAGACUUCUAACAGAAGGUCACUUUAAAGAAGCCGCUGAAAUCUUCAAUGCACUAGACCGAUUUGAAACCGACGAGGAUAAAGAUGAAGACGGCGAUGCGAAACCUUCACCUAGACAGACUCUCGUAUUUUCGGCGACAUUCCAUAAAGGCUUACAGCAAAAGCUUGCAGGCAAAGGACGUUAUGACUUAAUGAGCCAGCAAGAUUCAAUGGAGUAUUUACUCAAAAAGCUCAAUUUCCGCGAAGAAAAGCCGAAAUUCAUUGAUGUAAAUCCAGUUUCACAAAUGGCAGAGGGGCUUAAAGAGGGACUUGUUGAAUGUGGUGCAAUGGAAAAGGACCUUUACUUAUAUGCACUUUUGCUUUUAUAUCCUAAUGUCCGAACAUUGGUCUUUACCAAUUCCAUCAGCUCGGUUCGGAGAUUAGCCCCUAUGCUCCAAAAUCUCAAUCUCCAAACCCACUCACUUCAUUCUCAGAUGCCACAAAAAGCACGACUGCGCUCUGUUGAACGAUUUACUGGGGCGAAACAAGGACAAUCAUCCAUUCUUGUCGCUACAGAUGUCGCAGCACGCGGUUUGGAUAUUCCGGGUGUAGAUUUAGUAGUUCAUUACCACGUACCCCGUGCUGCGGAUGUUUAUGUGCAUAGAUCCGGGCGUACAGCGCGUGCGGAUAAAACAGGGUUGAGUAUACUUCUUUGCGCACCAGAUGAGGUGACGCCAACGCGAAGACUUAUUGCGAAAGUACAUUCAACUAGCAGUAAGAAAUCGAAGAAGACCUUUUUCGUACAGACACUAGACAUGGACCGGAAAUUGGUUAAUCGUCUAAAACCUCGCGUCACAUUGGCGAAAAAGAUUGCCGACGCUGGGCUUGCAAAAGAGAAGGGCAGUAAAGAAGACGACUGGAUGCGCAAUGCCGCCGAAGAACUCGGUGUCGAGUACGAUAGCGAUGAGAUGCAGCAAGUUGGGAAAUGGGGUGGACGAAAAGGGGGAAGGAAGGAGAAGCAGGAACAGGCUAGGGCUAUGACGAAAGCUGAGUUAGGCGCUUUGCGCGCUGAACUUAGGGAGCUCUUGUCGAAGAGGGUCAAUGCUGGUGUGAGCGAGAAGUAUAUCGCGACUGGCAUGGUGGAUAUGGAUGAGCUCCUGCGUGGUGCGAAGGGCGAGUUUUUGGGCAGAGUUCAGGGGCUUGAUAUUGAAACUUUGUAGUUUAUACCCAAACAUUGUGGUAGGAGCGUCAUAGGAUCCUAUGGAAAGAACGUAAUACCAUUGGUACUAUCCUACGUUUCAUUCAUUCCUGGCAGUCCAUCGUUCUUGAGGUCACUUCUAUCGCAAUGUCUUCGACAACAUCAGGUGACGAUGUCGUAAGCUAGACCUGGCGUCGCUUCAUCAACUCCAACCGCAAUGACUACCGUUAACACAAUGGCGUACAACAUAGUGUUAUGCUUUCAAGCGACGUCAUGGUGUCUAAUGGUCUUUCUCCCUCUAGAUAACUCUUGUCAUUAUACUUCGAUAUAGCAGGUGGGGACAUGUCAAUGGUGAGC